AUGCGUCCACCAAUGAGAAGAGUUAAUUACAAAGUUAGAGAUAAAGUGGAAGUAUGCAGUAAAGAAGAAGGAUUUGUUGGUUCCUACUUUAAAGCCACGAUUGUUUCUUGCCUUGAAAAUGAGGAAUAUGUGGUUCGUUACAAAAAUUUAUUGUCGGACGAUGAGUCUAAACCUCUCACAGAAACAAUUCAUCGGAGAGAGCUUCGUCCAUUGCCGCCACGUGUUCGCAAUCCAUCUGAGUUUCAUUUCAAUCAAAAAGUGGAUGUUUUUGAUAAUGAUGGUUGGUGGUUAGGAGAAAUUACUAGCGAGAAGACCCUCUUCGAAAAUUGUUAUUAUUAUAAGGUGUAUUUCAAUACUACCGAUGAGACGAUUUACUAUCCUCUUGAUCAGAUAAGGGUUCAUCACGAAUGGAUUUAUGGAGAAUGGAUCAUAGAAACAUAA